AUGUCUUCAUUUGUGUGUGGAACCAUAGUGGCGGUGGUGGUUUGUGCUGUACCUUUAGCAAGUCAGCAGGUGGGUGGACCCGAAGAUGUGGGUGAAUGUGUGCGUCAGGUGGGAGUGAUGGUGGGUCAGGUGGUGGAGCAGGUGGGCGUGAUGGUGGGCCAGGUGGUGGAGCACCAUCUCACCAGGUAUCACCUGGUGCUCAUCACCACUACACGUCACUCACACAUCACCGCAAGUAUACUCAGGCACCUCACUAGGGUCGUUGGGCCCAACGUAGUCGUGGACGUUGAGUCGUUCUUCUCGCAUGACCUUCAACCACCCCAAGACUCCCUCCCCGACGACACCAGUGCAGCCACUCCACAUCCACCAUCCUGGCAGAAAGCAUCACAUCACAAGUCAACUGAGGACCCUCUGCGUCAACACCAGACUCCUCCAGAGCAUCUCACACGAGACAACCUCCUCCAGGGGCUGUGGGGGGACUCGAGAACCACUUGCUGGGGGCUUAUUCUCGACCUUACCUCCAGCAGCAACACCACUCACCUUGCCCUCAGGUACUCUGCAUACCCGUGCCCAAGAAUAUAA